CUUGUUAAGGGUGUCCCAAUCUGUCUGAGCACUGAGUGCCCAUCCCUCUCUCAAAGGAACUGCACACACACUCUCUUACCACACUGGCAGUGAGAACACACACAGCUCCAUCCACCAGUUAUAAGACGAGAUCCAGCUCCAGUUGAAGGACAUAACCCAGCUCCAAAUUGCAGAAUGGAUGCGCUGAAGAAGGGAUUCUCCAUGGCUAAGGAGGGAGUGGUGGCCGCCGCCGAGAAAACCAAGGCUGGGGUGGAGGAGGCAGCUGCCAAAACCAAAGAGGGGGUCAUGUAUGUAGGCACAAAGACAAAGGAAGGCGUUGCGACAAGUGUAAAUACAGCUGCCCAGAAAACAACUGAGCAGGUGAAUCUUGUGGGUGAGAGUGCAGUGGCUGAAGCCAAUGAGAUCUCAGAAAAGGCAGUGGAGGGGCUGGAGUCUGUGGUCGUAUCCACUGGCCUGGUAAAACUGAAUGAGCUGGAGAAUAAUGAGGGGGAGCUGUCGAAGCAUGAGGCAGCUGUAGAGCAGCCUGCAGACGCUGGACAGUAGGUGAAGCUGAUGUCGCACUGAACGCCCCUGUGAUGCUCUGCUUCUUGCUUCACAUAGGAGAGAGAAAGAGAGAGUUCAUUAGCUGCUGCUGACCAUGCCUGAAUAUUAUAAUGCUAAAUCUCCGAUGGACUCUAAAAGAUAUCUAACUUUACAAAAGACAAAGUCACCCACACGUCUCUCUUGCUUUCUCCUCAUGAACAACCUAUCCCUACUUUCCUUCACAGAAAUACUAUCCACAAGAAUAAAACAACUCCUUUAUCUAGCUAUGCAGUAUUCACGUAUUAUGUGUCAUUACCACAUUUAUUAUUAACAAAUAUAUUACGCACAUGCUUGUGAUUUGGAGAUUUUUAUAUAUAGUCUGUCUUUCUUACCUGCCCUGAAACUGAUAUACCAGUUUUCCUCCACCCAACACAAUGAGGUUUGAUGUAUGAUAAUGAUGAUGAUUUCACAGACAUUGUGACGAAAAGGAAAACAUUCCAAUCCAAAUACACUUAAAUUGUUGUAUCUGAGAAAAGACAGAAUCACAAAUGGGCAAAUCCCAAAAAAGAAGGCAAUUGAUGGUAUUAAAUGAUGAAAUAUGGCUGAUUAAAUCUGUUUCAGUAUUAUCUUUAAAGUGUGGUUAUAGCGUGACGGGCUUCAGAAAUGCUCUUAUAUAUAGUUUGCGAAAGUAUAUAACAACUCAAAUCUGCAAAUGAUCAAUGUAAAAAAAAAAGUUGCUGCUUUAAAUUUUUAAGUAAAAUCAACUUGGAUGUUGAAUUCAUUUGAGUUUAAAAAAUGAGUUGAAAUCUUGCAUAUCUAAUAAAAAAGGUUAAAACAAUGUAAAAA